AUGGGUGAGUCUGACUACUCCGUAGCGUAUAGGGAUAGGCUAGAUGAACUGUACGAACGCAGUGGAGAUGUAUACGAGUUGCUGGGUGCGGGGGCCGACGAUAUCUCAGACUGGCGUAAUCUGCCCGCGUAUGUCGCACAAGGUUAUUUGUUUUCUCUUCAAAAGGAGCUUAGAGACCUCUUGCCGGCUGACCACCCAAAGGCCAAAUACUUCAUCUGUGAGGCGGAAGUUCUUCGCUAUAUCGCCAUGUGGGAGACUACUCUCUUACGCGGCUUUCUCAGAUGGGCCGUGGUUGAGGCUCACAAGCCCUCGAGUGAUGUCCGUUCUCUCCUGCAGAUGCAUUUUUCUGAUGAUGCAGAGAAGUAUCUGAAACCCAAGCCCAAGGGUCAUAUGAAGGUGGUCCUUGUCCGUGUGACAGACUUGCCCAAGUUGGUGGAUCAUUGGGAUCAGCGUGUCAUUUCUGAUCCAGGCGAGGAGGAAAUGGUGGAAGUUUGCGGGUCCGAGAAGUCAAACUUUCGCAGGUAUGUCGCUAAAGGACUCUUUGUUCUGGCGUGGAAGGUCCCGGGAGACUAUGAGGAUAUGUGGAUGGACGGCCAGGGAUUUGCUAUUCCGGACGUCCCUGAGUUGAUCUAG